AUGGGUAACAAUAACUCGCAUUAUGAGCAUGAGCUUCAUGAAGAGAGGGAAAGGAGUCGAAGGCAGCACGAGGGGGCCGAAGCCCACAGGCGAUGGCUCGAAUCUGAAAGAGACCGAAUUGCGGCUGAGAGUCAAAGAGAGCUAGAAGCGGAACGGCACGCACAAGCAGAGAGGGAGAAGGCUCUGACUUUGCAGCACCAGGAGGACAUGAAGAGAGCACAGGAGGAGAGGGAUAGGAUGCAGCAAGAAAAGGAGAGAGCGAUGGCCGAGAAACAUGCCACCGAGUUGAGAUUGCUCGAAGAACAGGCAAGGAAGCAGAGGGAACAUGAGGAGGACAUGAAGAGAGCACAGGAGGAGAGGGAUAGGAUGCAGCAGGAAAAGGAGAGAGCGAUGGCCGAGAAACAUGCCAACGAGUUGAGAUUGCGCGAAGAACAAGCGAGGAAGCAGAGGGAACACCAGCAGGAGUUGCAGAGAGUGCAAGACGAAAAGGAGAGGCUACAGGCUGAGAAUCACAAGAGGGAGAUGAGAAGGAUUCAGGCAGAAAAGGAAGAGGAGUUGCAGAGGUUGGAGGAGGCCCAUAGGAUGCAGGAGGAACUGCGCGCGCUCCAGGAGCAGAUAAGAUCCGAAGAAGAAAGAAAGAAGAUGGAGGAACUAGCGAGAAAAACAGAGGAAGAAGCGAGGGAAAGGGUGGAGAAAGAAAUAUACCUACGAGAAGAAGCCGAAAGAAACCUGCAGGAAGGAAUUCCGCCCGUUAAAUACCCCACUGGGGAGGAGUUUCAGGUUAUGAGAAAAAAGCUUGGAUAUCAGGAAGGCUACUUGCAUGUCGCUAUCACCGGCUGUUCUGGAUGUGGAAAAUCCUCAUUGAUCAAUGCUCUUCGUGGUCUCAAGAAUUCAAAUUCCCCCAAGGGGGGUAUCGCCAAAACCGGAACCAGCGAAACGACUACAGAGAUCAAACGAUAUGACGAUCCAGAUCCCUCUCGACAGUGGCUGGCCUGGUACGACGUACCUGGAGCUGGCACUGUAAAUUUCCGUAACUGGCAAUAUUUCAACGACCAAGGCUUGUACAUCUUUAAUGCCAUCAUAGUUAUAGCUGGCGAUCGCUUUACCCAGACAGACGUUGAGCUCCUCUUUCAUUGCCUACGCUUCGAUAUUCCUGCAUUCGUUGUGCGAUCAAAAUCGGAUCAACAUAUCGGGAAUCUCAUGGAGGACGACGACGGUGACAGCGACGACGAAGAUGACAGCGAGGAGAAGGAGAGGGAUCGUUUAUUGGAAGCCUUUGAGAGGUAUAUUGCUGAUACGCGCAAUAAUUUCCGAGCCCUUUUGCACCAAGUCGGCCUUCCGCAACAGAAGGUUUAUAUUGUAUGCAAGAAUGCCCUCCGAUCAGUCGUAAAGUACUCAAAAACAGCGGAUAUCAUCGACGAAGUGGGCCUCAUAAGAGAUUUGACGGAAGUGGCGAAAGACAAGUGUCCGGGGUUUUUCCAAUAA